CAGAAAUUGACAGACUUAUUUCAGAAAAUGAAUUCUGCUAAACGAUUAAAACCUUAAUAUUAAUUUAAAACGAUACAUAUCAUUAAAAUUUAAACUAUAAAAUACUUAAGGGCAAGUGAGUUUAUAUAUGUAAAGAAGUGCGAUCGAAUUCCUUCGAUUUCGAAAACGACCUUAGUGUUGUUUCUUUUUCUGUUAUAAAGACUUUAUAGUUAUAACUAGCCCGAUGCAUGCAAGCAUCAAGUUUUAUGGGGCAACAUGUAUGACAUGUUGUCUGAAUUCCGAGUCUCAGAAUUUGAUUCGUUUGUGAAUAUAUUAAAAUUGACUCCUAUCGAUCCUUUAGAUACUUUUGGCGAGAUGUGGUACCCAGUGUUUCUGUGGUCUCUGUGUUCAUCAGUGGUUGUCCACACCUGUGCGGCUCUUGUCGCGUUUGGUACUCUUAGGAAGCAUAAAUAUGGAAAGUUUUUUCCAGUGUUGCUAAUAAUAAUGGGUGUAGUGUGUCCAGUGACUUCUGGUGUUGCAAGUAGUGCUGCUAUCGCGUUUAUUUACCGUGCCGCUAAUCUAGCUAUGCCUCCUAUUCAUGCCAUGAUAUGGGGUGUAGGACAGACUAUUCUAGGAGCUGGAAUUGGCUUCACUAGAAUUUUAGCUACCUUGUAAUAAUAACUUAGCUGGUUUUUAUACAAAUAAUAUAUAUGGACUUGCUAGUUCAAAUCUGCAGUAAUGUCAAUUAUAAUAGUGUGUUUAGACAAAAUGUAAUCUUUGAGGGAUGGUGCUGACUUUGCAUAAUAACAUAAGGUGUUACACUAAAUACUCAUUAGAAUUAUUGAAACACUGUCAAAAGUGGCAUGAUAUCUCAUUGAAAGCAUAAGUUUUAAGCAUUAUAAGUGUGUAUUGCCUUAAUAAUUAGAUGAUAUAAUGUAUUAAAGUUACUUAAUGAAUAACCAUAUGCAUAGUGUGUUUAAGUUUUCCAUAAUAAUUGUAUUGUAUAUUUUUUUAAAUCAUUAGUUAAUAGCUUUUAUAUUGGAAAAAGAUUUAAUUUCUAUCAAUAAAUUUUGAUUGGGUCUUAAUUUCUAAAGUACCUGUUUCCGGCAUCAUUGCAUUCCAACAUACUAAUAUAAUGGUAGGGGACGUAAAUAUCAUGGUAGGGGGUGAAAA